AUGCAUGGUGGUGGUACCCUCACAGGCUCACAGCUCUGCCCCGCGUCAGAAGCAAAAUACUCCCCACGUCAGAACCCGACUUGCGUUUUUCAAAAAAAGAACCCGACUUGCCUCCAAAUAGCGAUUGGGAGUGGGGGGCGGCGCUGCCCUCCGGAGGAGGGGAUUCCCAAGGCCAAAUUAAAUCCCCGUGGAUCAAUAUUUCCCAGGGUGGCACUGCCACGGGCUGUCAAACUAGCCCUAAGGCUCAGUUUGGAAACUCCGACACCGGCGGGAUCCCGAUGUUUUCCCCGGGCUGGAGACCCACGCGGAAUUCCGCCACGGGCUGCAUUUCCCUUGCGUUUGGAAGCCCAUCGAGCGGGGGAGCUCCACCCGACCCCUGCGAUUUCCCCGGGGCCGCUCCUCCCCUCGCUCGUCUUCUCGCCCCAUCGUUGCGGAUCUCCCCUUCCGCCGUCACCUCGGCCGCCACCUCCGCGGCGUGUCCUCGUCGCCUCGGUUGCGACGGCCUCCACCCGACUCUCUGCAGUAACUUUCCGACCUGAAGAAAAUUUGUGCUUCUCCAUCCAUAGCCCAUCCCUGGCAGCUGAAGUAGCUUUGGGCACAGUGCCUCGUGUUCCUUGCUUUCAGAGCCUGCGCCUGCGCAAAUUGGAAGGGUGGCCUUCGUCAAGGCGCCAUCGUCAAGGCUGCACCAUGGCUGCAAUAUGUAGGAUUUGGCGGAAGCAACACAUGAUCAGAGAAAAGUGAAGUGGCCUUCAUCAUUAGCAUCUGAGAAAUGUUCAUGAUCUUAGCUAGAUUUUGUUGCUCCCGUCUGACAAUUUUUAUAUACAUGCUCCUACAAUUUGUCCAUUUUCUAUGCUACUGGCAUCUAUGUAAUAUAUUGGUGUGUGAGCUGGAGGACUAUAAUUUAAAUAUUGGUGCAGAUUUUAGCUUUCAAUAAGUAGAUCACGUGUUUA